AUGUCGGGCCUGGUUAUCGAUGGACAACGCGAGUCUGGACAGGAUGUGCGCACCGGAAACGUGACGGCCUGUGUAGCGGUUUCAAACAUCGUCAAGAGCUCGCUCGGUCCAGUCGGCCUGGACAAGAUGCUCGUCGAUGAAGUUGGCGAUGUGACCGUCACAAACGACGGUGCCACCAUUCUUCGCCUUUUGGAAGUGGAGCAUCCUGCCGCGAAGGUGCUCACCGAACUUGCUGCACAGCAGGAUGAGGAAGUUGGAGACGGCACUACUUCCGUCGUCAUUCUCGCCGCAGAACUUUUGCGUCGCGGGAACGAGCUCGUUAGAUCUAGAAUUCAUCCCACCAAUAUUGUCGCGGGGUAUCGAUGGGCGAUGAGGGAGGGAUGCAAGUAUCUGAAGGACAACCUUGCCACGCCCGUCGAUAAGCUUGGGAAGGAGUGUCUUGUAAACGCCGCCAAGACCAGCUUGUCAAGCAAGAUUUUGGGCAGCGCGGAGAGCGAAAUGUUUGCGAACAUGGCUGUUGACGCAGUUCUGGCAGUCAAGACACCGACUACGGGAGGGAAGUACAAGUACCCCAUUGACGCCAUUCAUGUCCUCAAGGCACAGGGAAAGAGCGCCCGGGAAAGCGAACUGCUCCCGGGCUAUGCCCUGAACAAAGCUCGUUCGAGUCAACUUAUGCCGCAACGCAUUGCCCCAGCAAGGAUUGCCUGUUUGGACAUUGAUUUGCGUCGUGCCAAGAUGAAGAUGGGCGUUUCUAUCCUCAUUGAGGAUCCGGAGGAGCUGAACAAGGCGCAGGAGAAGGAGCUCGACAUUACGCGCGACCGAAUCAACGCCGUUCUGAAGGCGGGUGCGAACGUCAUCCUCACGACGAAGGGAAUUGAUGACGCCGCUUUGAAGUACUUUGUGGAGGCUGGCGCGAUCGCUGUCCGGAGAGUUUCAGAACGCGAUAUCAACCGAAUUGCAAAAGCUACAGGCGCUACCGUAGAGGUGGCUAUGGCGGAUCUCAGCGGCGAAGAAACAUUUGAUCCUUCGCUUCUGGGUUCCGCAGAGGAGAUUUAUGAAGAGCGCAUCCGCGACGAUAACGUACUCAUAUUGAAGAAAUGCAAAUCCACUGCGGCUUGCUCAGUGCUCCUCAGAGGACCCAAUGAAUACAUGUGCGAUGAAAUGUCUCGUUCUUUCCAUGACGCAGUAUGUGUCGUUAAGAGAACACUUGAGUCUAACUACGUCGUGGCAGGAGGUGGUGCUGUGGAGGCUGCAUUGUCAAUUCAUCUGGAAAACUUUGCCAAAAUGCUUGGCUCCCGUGAACAACUUGCGAUCGCUCAAUUUGCCGAGGCGCUGCUCGUGAUUCCGAAGACAUUGGCCAUCAACGCCGCUAAGGACUCUACCGAUCUCGUCGCAAAACUGAAGGCUGUUCAUCAUGCCGCUCAAAACGAUGACUCAAAAGCAAAUUUUUCAACUUUCGGCCUUGACCUUCAAGCCGGGACGUUACGUGAUAAUUUGGCAAAAGGAGUUAUUGAACCUGCAAUGAGCAAGAAGAAGAUCAUUCAAUUUGCAACCGAGGCAGCCCUAACCAUUAUUCGCAUUGAUGACCUUAUCACGAUUCGUAAGAAUGAGAACGACGGAUCUAGUCCCUACUAAUUUUUACCUCGGGUUUUCCGUAGAUAUUUGUAAACGACUGCCAAGGGCAUAAAGGUGAAUUGCUCUUGUCAAGCGUCCGCGGGAUACUACCUAGAUGAGAACGCCACGCUGAGAAGACGGCUUGCAAGUGUGCAUCUCUCAACAGCAGCCAGAUGAGUCUCACUUUAUAUGCAAAAAAAAAAAAACGGUUCUCACGCAAUAUAUCCAGUGAAGAUCAUUUUGU